AUGCCCCGCAUCCGGCCAGCGGCAUGGGCAGCCCUCGCUGUCACAAUAGCCGUCAUCGGCGUCCUGAUCAAGACCGACUCACUCAAGAUUCUCGUCCUCGGCCCUUUGGUCUCGACUUUCUGUUUGUCACUCGGUGUGUGCGGCCUUGUGUUGGCGGCAAACUAUCUGGAACAGCGGUCAGACGCGCCGAGUCUGACUGAGCGACAGGCGAGUGCGACGCGCCCGUUUGCCCUCGCGACGGAUCCACAGUGGAGCUGGUACCGAAACAAGCGCAAACUGGACAAUGACCCAGAGCCUUCCUUCCCGCCAGUUCAUGGGUUUGAAGAGCCAAAGUUGGCCGCAAGGCUGAGCACCGUCCUCGGCCUGAUACGCGGCAGCUUCAUCCUUCCCUGGUUCUCGAAGAUCAGCCGCGCCCCCGCAUUCCCGAACAAGGUCGAGGGCGUCAUUCGGCACGCGCUCGGCGAGGUUUCCACCCGCGUCGAGACGGUCGACUGGCCGAGUCUCGGCGUCGAAAAGGUCCUGCCUCUCGUCACGGAGCAUAUUGCGCAUUACAAGAAUGUGGAGCAUCUCGCUGGCAGCAUCGGCACCAGCGACGCCCUCCCCCUCCCUCUGCCCAAGGAUGCGCACGCCGCCUUCACGCACCACACACACACGAGCGCCGAAUCCAACAUUCCUGCGAUUGAGGCACACCUGCGUGGUCAUGUUGAGCGCAUCGUCUCUGCCGUCGUGCCCCUCGAGGAGCAGAGCGCCGUCCUCACCACUAUCGUCCGCGAGAUUGUCCUCGGCGCCAUUCUCAUGCCCGUCUUCAACCUCCUCUCCGAACCUGACUUCUGGAACCGCCAAAUUAACGAGCAGGGUGGCAAGUACCUGCAUCAAAGGUGGGUUGCGAAAGGGCUCCAUGUGCUAACCCUCAGGAAGCAAGUGAACCAGGUCCUCUCGGCGUUGUCGACGGUGCCCGCGCCUGCGUCGGGCUCGUCGCCGGCCAAGCCGCCCGUGCAGCCGAUCAGCGUGCAGUCCACGCCACGACAGUUUGAGGACUUCAUGCGCUCGAUCACAAAGCUGCGCACGCUGGGAGAAGCGCGGCGGCUACGCUCCGACAUUGACCGCGAGUACCGGCAUGCGCGGGCUGCGUUCCGCGCAGCUUCGCAGCGUAGCAAGGAAGACGGCGCCGACAACGACAAGGCAAUCCGGCACAUUGACCGGUAUCUGCAUCGCCUGGAGCGGGCGCGCGGUGCGAUUGAUCAUCGGAUAGAGAAGCUCUCGGGGGUCUCUGCUGAUGCUAUUGCCGCUCCUGCUCCCAGCAAGAACAUUAAGCCGACGCUGUAUCGCAUUCUUUCUGACCCGUCGUCUCUCGCGUAUUGGCUCGAAUUCAUGGAGCGACGCGGCCGCUCACACCUCGUCCAAUUCUGGCUCACGGUCGAGGGGUUCAAGGACCCGCUCGAAGCGAGCGGGCAGAACCUUGCGCUCGACAAUGUCGUCGAGGGCGGCAAUCGACCAGGUGCGAACGACGCAACGAUCGGCGACGACAUUGCGUUCCUGUACUCGGCCUACUUUGCCGAAUCUGGCGGCCGACUCGACAUCCCGGCGCGGCUGGUCGAGGUCAUCUCUGAGCUGGGCCAGAACACAACCCGUCCUUUCGGCGCAGUCGAUACGAGAAGAGCGAAACUUGCAGUGUAUCAGGCGCAGAGAGCCGUGUACGAGCUCAUGGAGGAGGAGGACUGGUCAACCUUCCAGAAGAGUGACUUGUACUUCAAGGCGGUCGCCGACCUGAAGCACUCGCACCGGCCGCGAGCGAACUCGGGUUCCACACCGCCCAUCUCCACCAGCAACUCGACAGCACGUCUCUCGCCUUCGGGUCAGCGCCGAGUAUCAGAUGGCCCGCCAAUAUCGACGCCAUCGCCUGUUGCCUCGCCGCUGCUGGCACGUCGUCCCCUCCUCGUGAACGGCAGCUUCAUGCCGGCCGCAUCCUCGCAGACGGCGACACCAGUGACAUCGAACGACUUUGACUCGUCAAUGACAUCGCUGCGCGAUGCCGCCCUAGACUCGGGGCGCGCGUCGCCUCGUGCGUCACCGCACUCAUCAACAAUCCUCUCCCCGGGAACGAAACGACAUUCAGCGCAGUUCGAUAUCCUCUUUGGCACGCAGGAGGAAAUUUCCGAGCGCAACCCCUUGUUCGUGGACGAGGAGGACCAGGAAGAAGUGGUGGAGCGGCAGCGUAUCGCCGCCAUCCAGGCGGCGCUGGAGGAGAUCAUUGACUCCGAUCCGAUGUCCAACAGUCAGGUCCUUGAGCCGGAAACGGAACCCCAGACGCCGGCCGCACCCCGAUCUCCAUUGCAGGGGCUACACCCGUUAGCUGCCCGCAAGAAGACUUCGCGCAGCGCUGAGGACCUGACGAGUGUGCGCGACGUCGGUCCCGCCAGACCAGUUACGCGGUACUCGCCCGGCACACGGAGGCCCAGGCCAGCCCGCCGUGGCAGCGACGAGGGCGUGCACGGCCGCCAGAAAUCGAUCUUCGCGGAAGAUCCCGAAGAGGACGAGGAGCAGGAGGCAUCUACGGCCAGUGACGGGGAGCCGGACGCUGAAACCGUCCUCCCAGCGCCUGGGAACCUGCACCUUGGGUCUGAGAUUGAGCGUCUCGGCCGCAAGCUCGCCGAACUGGGAGAGCAGGAACGCCUCCUAGACAGUCUGAUCCGACAGGCGGACCUGACAGGCAAUGCACGCGAGCGACGACGGACGCCCCGUCGUCAAGUACGUCGUGGAGAUCUCACAGGUCGUCGACGGACGCGUGCAGAUGAGCUGGACGAUCACACACCGGUACAACGAGUUUUACGCUCUGGACCGUGCAUUGCGCGACUGGGUGGCCGAGAAUCCGAAAGCGGACACCAGGGCGCUGAUAGAAAUGCCUGCAAGCGUCUUGUCCCCAGCACGAGCGCGGGCUUUGUCGAGUCACGCCGCGCAGGUCUCGAGCGGUAUCUCCAGUCUCUUCUCGGCAGCGCCCUGUUUUGCUCUUCAACGCUGGUACAGAACUUUCUCUCCCGCGGAGCACCGAGUACGCCGUCUACGUCCAGCGCAGGACCUCUCGCACCCCGUAACCUCGUCCGAACACUCUACAAGACGGUCGCAUCGAGUAUCGACGUCGAGCUCGCCCCGUCCAUGCUUGACAUCAUGUCGCAAUCCCUGACGCGGCAGCUGUCCGAGGUGGCCGGCGGUCUGGGCGUCGUCACCGAGGAAGUCGCUGGCUUGAUCCCCUUCACAGGCGCAGACGACGACGAUGACGCUGGCGACUUUGCUGGGCCGAUAUGCGAUGCCUUCCUCGAAGUCUUUGACCUGAAGGAGCGCGAUUGGCUGCGCCGGCAGGCGAUAGUGCUGCUCCUUCAGCAGGUGCUUGGGAGCACGGUCGAGCGGAAAGUGAGAGAUCUAGUGGGGAAAGCGAGCCAGCCAAAGAAGAUCGAAAAGCUCCUCGCGGCGUUCCAGGAGAAUAUGUGGCCGGGCGGGAAGCGGAAGGAGCCGAGUCCGAAACGCACGCCAGAGGAGAUCAGAGAGACACGCCUCAGUGCCUCACGAAAACUGGGGCGGUUGCUCCCCGACGUUCUCGCCAACGUCGUUGGACGCAGCAACGCGAGAAAAGCGGCGCAGCGCACCUUUGCGGUUAUCCAGGACCAGAGGCUGAACCAGCACUUGUGGGUUCGGGUGCUUGACGAGAUCUUGUACACUCUGUUCCCGCUCGGCGGAGCGAGCGGAGCGGGCGCAAGCGGAGGGAGUGGGGGCAGUACCGCCGUCCAAACACCACGAGCACAGUAG